CCGUGCGUCGCAACGAAAAGUCGUGAUUUCGGAUGGUCUGGUCUUCGCUAUUCGUCGGAUGUUUAUAAUUUCGGAUGUUUGCGUAUCGCAUACGGAUUGUCUCAUUGGCAAAGGCUACGCUACUCACACGUACACCUGAACUUGAAGGCACGUUCAGAACCAUAAAACGUUAAUGAGUUAAGCCCCACCAAAUACUGAAGUGAGCAAUUAUAAAUUUCCUGUACAAAACGAAUUUGGAUACGAACUAGUUGAAGAUCGUGCUAAGCCCCUGAGCAUGGCACCACAGCCAACAGUUUCCAUUGCAUAAUCCCUUGGAGAACACAACAGCUGCAUGCAGGCUUACGCAAACUUACGUCUAAGCCGGAAAGAGCCAAGCUAAUAAAUAGUUAGAGAUAGAGGCUAACAAGAAGCAAACAAGAUGAGCAAACUCCAGGUGAUUGUUCAUCCCGUGAAGAAAGAGUUUGCACGCAAAAGCUGCGGCUUUGAUCAUGACACGCCCGAUGAUUUUGUCAAAUCGCAGUGGCAAACAUGUACUAAGAGCAUGAUAUAUUUGUUCUAUCGCUGGUUCAUGGCGCUGUUCUUUUUGGGCGUGGUAAUCGAGUCCAUGUGGCCUCUGGCAGACGAUGAUACCAGCUAUUGGCUGUACUUUAUCUACAUGACCAAUUGGGGCAUAUGGAUGUGUUUGCUGACAAAUCUAUUGGGUGCCGUACUAGUCAGCAUUUGGCAUUAUCAUCCGGAAUAUGCGGACAAACUUUUGAAUGUUAAGAGUUCCUUUAGUUACUUUCGUUUAUAUUGGGGUAUGCACAUCAUAACUCUGGUUUUAUCCAUUGUCAUUACGAUUAUCUAUUGGACUAUACUGUAUGAUGCUAAUGAGAGCUCCUUGGACGCCACAAAUGUGCUCACUCAUGCCUUCAACUCGAUUUGUAUGUUCAUCGAUCUGUGGAUUGUGGCACAUCCGCUGCGGCUACUUCAUAUGUUUCUACCAGUACUAUUCGGCGUCAUCUAUGCCAUCUUCUCGUACAUCUAUCAAGUGUGUGGCGGCAUUAACAAGAAAGGAAAACCUUAUAUCUAUCAUGUGAUCGACUGGACUAAGCCCCAGAGCUCCUUCAUCACAGUUCUGGGGAUUCUUAUUCUUUCCUGUUGCGUCUACGUCCUGCUUUUCGCUUUCUUCAAGCUCCGGAUGUUCCUCCACCGGCGCUGCCACCGAGCAAACUUUGUUUUGCCCACGACUGGUCCUAGGGUGAAUGGAGGAUCGGAUGACAAGCAAACAGGGAACGGUAUACAGCACUCUUCCUCCCGCAUAUCCAUGGUUCUGGGCAAUUUCGCUGGCUACGAGAACCAGGCCUAUGCCCCCAGUGUGGGAGAGCAGUCGAGUAAGAAAUAAGUUAAUAAAAUAAUCGAAGCUUUAGUCGCUUUAGUCAAAUUCUCUAGAAUGCUGUAGAAUUCUAACCAGUGAUAUUAUGUUUUGUAGAUCUUAUUCUUUAAGUAAAUAAAUAUUUUAAUGUGGA